AUGUCCACCAUCUACAACCUUGAGCCGCAGCCAACUGGAGCAGUCAUCAUCCACACGACCCAAGGCGACCUGAAGGUCGAACUCUUCGCGAAACAGACCCCUCUUACAUGCCGUAAUUUCCUCCAACACAGUCUCGAUGGCUAUUAUGACGGCACCAUUUUCCACCGUCUUGUUCCGGGAUUCAUUAUCCAAGGUGGUGAUCCGACCGGCACAGGACAUGGAGGAGAGUCGAUCUAUGACGGUGGCGCCUUCAGCGGAGAUUUGGAUCCAUGGCCGAUGGACCAGCGCAAAGGGCACAACGCAGGUCCUAUGGGCGUGAAUUUCAAGGAUGAGUUCCACUCACGGCUGAAGUUCAACCGUCGGGGGCUCUUGGGCAUGGCAAACGAGGGCGCUCCUGACACAAAUGGCAGCCAAUUUUUCUUUACGUUGGGGAAAGCUGAAGAGCUCAACAAUAAGAAUACUUUAUUUGGUCGGGUUGCGGCAGGCGAUACCAUCUACAACUUGAUGAAAUGGGGAGAGGCGGAGCUUAUUGAGGGCACGGAGCGGCCUCAGUAUCCAGUGAAGAUUACAAAUAUUGAGAUUCUUCUUAAUCCCUUCCCAGAUAUGAAAAAGAGAGAGAGAAGAAUCCAACAUGAGGUACCGCGACCACUUCCGGCAACAGAGAAGAAGCCAAAGAAGAGGAAAGGUGGGAAGCAGUUGCUCAGCUUUGGUGACGAGGAGGGUGAUAUGGAAGAGGAGCCGGUUGUCAAGAAAGCAAAGUUCGACACAAGAAUUGUGAUGGAUGUGGACGAAGAACCUCAACCGAAGACCAUUCCAGUUAGAGAGCCUAUCAAAAAGGCAGUUGAAGUGGCAGGCAAGAAGACACAAGAGGCUGCGAAACUACAAAGAGAGAGAAGCGAAAGGUUAGUUACAACGGAACCAGCUCCGAAAAAGGUUCCGAAUUCACCAUCACCGCCGGCGGCCAAGACUCUCAGUGAAAAAUCCACGCCCGAGUCAUCACCAGAGCCCCCUCCAAAGAAGUCGCUUCUAGAACAAACCAAUGAGGAGAUAGCUGCGAUCAAAGCCUCCAUGAAACGGACGAUUUAUGCAGAGCAGCCAGUAAAAGAAAAGAAGAAGUCUGCUCUUGAGCUCAUGGUUCCUGAGACAGCAAUGCGUGGGAGGAAACGUCGGCCAGGAGCAACUAAUCCUAAAGAUGAACGAGACGCGAUAAGCAUUUUAAACGCUUUCAAGGCCAAGUUGGAAAAGGCUCCUCCCGAGAAGACCCCAGCUGAGAAACUGAGAACCGUCACUGAAAAGAAAGCAGAAAAUCCUGGUGAAGGUGGUGGUGAGGAGGAGGAGGUUUGUGACCUGCACUUCAUCGCCGGUUGCCUCAGCUGCAAAGCGUGGGACAAAGAAGAGAAGGAAGAGAGCGAUGACGAAGGCUGGAUGUCUCACCGGCUCACUUUUGCCGCUGAUAAGUUUGGCAAGGACUACAACCAAAGGAAAAAAGCCGAAGAGGAAUUGGUGGUGAUUGAUCCGUUGGAGAAGGCCAAGGCAUUGAAGGAAGAAAAGAAAGGAUCACGGGAGGGCAAUCACCGACCGGAAGGUUCCGGCAGAGGGUGGGGCCGGGACCUGGAUCGGGACCGGGAUCGGGACAGAUACAGGGACCGCAACCGUGACCGGGAGAGGGGCCGCGACAGCGAUUAUUGGGAAGGAGACCGGGAAAGAGGCCGUGAUAGGGACAGGAGACGGUGA